AUGCCUCUUUUUAAACUAGCCGUUCUGCAACGCUUGGCUACUGUAGAAGCCGCUGAAAAUCCUCUGGCUCGGCAGCAAGAUGCUGAAAAUCAACCGGAAGAACCGGAGAAUCUAGAAACCAGCGCCUCUCCCCUAUCCCCGGAAAUGGAGGAGAUUUGUCUGGAGGAUUUCCGGCCGACAACUGAAGCCGAACCAACGAUGGCCGGUCGGGAGGAUACGCGUACCGUGUUGCUUGAAAUGCAAAAAUUGAGGGCCGACAAGUUCGAGCAGGAGGCCGAGCUACGUGAGCUUCGCCUGGAGCUGCAAAGCCUCGGCGCUGAGUUGGAGCGCUACCAGCUCGAAGCCAAGCUCGAGGAGAUCCAAGAAUUGAGAUCGGAAAACUUGAAGCACGCUUCAGAGGCUCAGCUUUUGCAAGCCCAAGCUGAAGCCGAAGCGAGAGCUCAAGCGGCCGAAGCCCUGGAAGCCGAGGCGAACCGAUUACGCAACGAAACUGGCGUGGAAAUUGAAGCUCUAAAGCUUGAGAUCGAGGCCAAGCUCGAGGAAAUCCACGAAUUGAGAUCUGAAAAUUCGAAGUUGGCUUCGGAGGCUCAGUUUUUACAAGACCAAGCUCAGGAAAAUAGGGAAGAAAUGACGACGCUACAAAGCGCUUCAAAUGACGAUCUCCUUGCUCGAGAUUCUGAGAUAGAAACUUUGAGCUUGGAGCUCGAAACGCUACGUACCGCUACGCAAAUGGUCAUGCAGGAAAAGGAGACUGAACUUGCGGCUCAGCUCCAAAAGAUUGCGGAGCUUGAGGCUGAGCACCAGCGACUGCGCCAGGCUACAAAUAACGAACAACAAGUUCGGGACAGCCAGAUUCAAGAGUUGACGUCUGAACUCGAAGCGCUACACGAGACUACGCAAGCCGAGCUGAAGCUGCAAAAGGCAGAAAUCGAAGAUCAGCAACAGAAACGCGAGGAGCUUGAGCAAGAGCUUGACCGGCUACGCAAAGCUCCAAAUGACGCGCUGCAAGCCAGAGAGGACCAGAUUGAAGUCUUGACCUCUGAGCUUGGCGCACUACGCGAGAGUACGCAACUGGAAACCCAGGAACAUCAGCAGAAUCUCAAAGCGCUUGAGGAAGAGCUUGAACGACUACGCGAGGCUCCAAACGACGAGCUUCGUGCUCGAGACAACCAAAUUGAAGCGUUAACCUCAGAGCUUGAUGCACUACGUGAGAGUACGCAAGCCGAAGCUCAGAAACAGCAACAGAAGCGCGAGGAGCUUGGACAAGAGCUUGAGCGGCUACGCGAAGCUCCAAAUGACGAGCUGCAGGCCCGAGACGACCAGCUCCAAGCCUUAACUUCACAGCUCGAAGCCCUACAUCAAAGCACCGAAGCCGAAGCUCAGGAGCAGCUCCAGAAAGUUGCGGAGCUUGAGGGUGAGCUCGAGCGACUACAUGAGGUUACAAAUGACGACGCCCUUGCUCGGGACAACCAUAUAGAAACCUUGAAGUCGGAGCUCGAGGCGCUACGCGAAAGCGCGCAGUCCGAGGUGAAGCUGAAAAACGCCGAAAUCGAAGAUCAGCUCCAAAAAGUCGAGGAGCUUGAGCAAGAGCUUGAACGGCUACGUGGCGCUCCAAACGACGAACUUCUAGCUCGAGUCAACCAAAUUGCAGCCCUAACUUCGGAACUGGAAAGCAAGGAGCAAGAGCUCGAACAGCUUCGCCAAGCCGCCUUUGAUGAAUUUGAAGCAAAAUCGCGCGUAAUCGAAGGACUAGAAGCUGAGUUGAAGCUAAAAACUGACGACUACGAGAAGCUACAGGCAGAAAUCGAUGCCCCACGAAACAGUACUCAAGCCGAUAUCGCUCAAAAGGAGUCUGAACAUCAGGCUCAGCUUGAAAAGCUUCAGGAGCUGGAGCAUGAAGUAGAACGACUACGCGCCGCUUCUAAUGACGAGAUUCUGGAGAAGAAUUCUGAGCUGGAGACGCUGAACCUGGAGCUCGAGGAGCUACGUAGCUGUACGGAGGACGUCAUCACGAAGAAGAACGCUGAAAUUGAGACCCAGCUUCGGAAGGUUGGUGAGCUUGAGCACGAGCUUAAGCAGCUACGUGACGCUUCUAACGACGAACUACAAGCUCGCGAUGACAAAAUAGAUGCAUUGACCGCAGAGCGCCAGGCGCUACGAGAGUGUACGCAAGUCGAGGCUCAGGAACAACUUCAAAAGCUUGGGGAGCUUGAGCAAGAGCUUGCACGGCAACGCGAGGCUCCACAUGACGCAAUUCAAGCUCGAGAUAACCAGAUCGUAGCUUUGACUUCAGAACUCGAAGCACUACGCGAGAGUAAGGAAGCUGUGGCUCAGGAGCAGCUUGUGAAGCUUGGCGAGCUUGAGCAAGAGCUCGAGCGGCUACGCGACGCUCCAAGUGACGAAUUACAAGCUCGAGACGGCCAUAUCCAAGCCUUGAUGUCAGAGCGUGAAGCCCUAUGCGAGAGCACUCAAGCCGACGCCCAAGAACAGCUUCAAAAGCUUAAGGAACUUGAAGAAGCCAACCAAGCCCAAAGCCUGCAACUUCAGGAGUUUGAGCUACUACGCACGACUACAGACGACGAAUUGCAAGCAAAAAUUGUGGAGCUAAGCAAUAAUAAACUCGAGCUUGAAGAAUUACGUGCAGAUUUCGAAAGGCUACGCCAGAGAACGGAGCACGAGGUGCGCCAGAAGGCAGAGCAGAUCCUGAUCCAGCAAACGUUGAUUGAUGAGCUGGAGACGGAGCUUGGAGUGCAAAGUACAACAGCUACAAGCCACGGAAAUGAGCUGGAAGCUUCUCAGAAUAGGCUUGUGGAACUUGAGCAAGAGCUGACCAAAAAGAACGAAGCUGCUGAAGCCAAUUCUGAAGCCAUGGUAAGAUACCAGAAUUUGGAGCCGGAGCUUCGGGCGCUGCGCGAGGCAACAAAUGACGCCGACAGCAAUCGUACGGAGCUUGAAGAGGCUAGGAAAAGACUUGCCGAGCUUGAGUACGAGCUUGGUGUUAAAAACCAGGCACUCGACAGCAAGCUUGAGCACGAAGCAAAGCAGAACAACGAAGCUGACGAAGCCAAUGCUGAAGCUCAGAAUGAACUCCGCCAAAAAGCUGAGCAGAUCCUGAUACAGCAGACGUUGAUCGACGAGUUGGAGGCGGAACUUGAAAUGCAAAGUUCAACAGCUAAGAGUUUAGCAAAUCAGCUUGAAGGCGCACAUAGUAGGCUUGGCGAGCUUGAGCACGAGCUUCUUCAAAAGAACGAAGCACUAGAAGCCAGGCUUGAGCACGAGUUUCACCAGAAAAAUGAAGCCAACUCUGAGGCAUUUACGCGCUGCCAGCUAUUCGAAGUCGAGCUACAGGAGCUACGCCAGGCUGCGGAUGAGGCUGCAAGCCAGCGCAGGGAGCUUGAAGAAGCUAAGGAAAGACUUGCCCAGCUUGAGCACGAGCUUAGCGUCAAAACCGAAGCCCUUGAAGCCAAUUCUCAAGCCUUGGCACGAUCCCAAGAAUUGGAGAUCGAGCUCCAGGAGCUACGCGAAACACGAAAUGACGCCGACCGCUACGGUACUGAGCUUGAAGAAACUAGGAGAAGGCUUGCCGCGCUUGAGCACGACCUUAGCGACAAAAACGAAGCCCUCGAAGCCAAUUCUGAAGCCUUGGCAAGAAACCAAGAAUUGGAGCUGAAGCUUGAGGAGCUUCACGCAACCACGAGCUCCGAGAUUACGAAGAAAAUCGAGGAAAUCAAAGCCAUAACCGAGGUCAAGCUUGAAAACGAAGCCCGGGCCGAGGGCCUGGAGGAGAAGCUCUGGGAGCUGGAGGAGGAGUUGCGGAAGCUACGCGACGCUACGAAGGUCGAAUUGGAGGGGAAGGCGUCGGAAAAUCGGGCUUUGGAGGUGGAGAAUGAGGAGUUGAGGGAUGAGCUUGAUCAACUACGCGAAAAUACUUUGGACGGUGAGCUUGAAGUCGUCCGGGAAGCCUUGGCAAUAGCUGAAGUUCGAAUUUUGGACCUGGAGGACGAAGUCGUCGAAAAGAAGGAGGCUCUAGAAGCGUUGGAAUCCGCGAGGCUACAAGCUACACCUGCGAACGUUGCGAAAAUUGACGGCCGACUACAAAAUACACCCAUUGACAGCAUGGACCUUGUAGUCUCGGAGUUAAUGGGACUACAAACUACGCCAAAUGACACGGCGGAGGCUGCGCGUAGACUACAAAUUACACCCCUGAACGCAGUCGAACCUGAUGGACUACAGACUACACCAAUUGACGCCGGACAAGAAUUGAGACUACAAACUACGAUAGAACCCCGACGACACGACGAUACCAUCGACACCUCAAGAAUUGAAGAUCUCCAGCUCGAAAUUAAACAAAAAGCCAAUGAAAUCGAGUCCCUGAAAACCGAGCAGCACCUGAAAAAUUCCGAAUAUGAGCAUGACAUCCAGGAGCUCGGCCGGGAGGUCGAGGAAAUACAAAAAGCGGCCGAGGCCCGAAUUCUCGGCCUGGAGAAACAGCUGGCGGACGCGCGAAAAGUGUCUGAGCACGAGGUCGAGGAGCUGCAGAGGUGCCGUGAGAUCCUGGAAGCUGAAAAGGCGGAGAUAAUGGGGAGGUUGGAGGAGAAAUCUGCAGAAUUAGCGCGGUGCCAAGUCGAAUGGGCGGAGAGGGCCGGAUUUUAUGAGAUGAGGAUCGAGGCGUUGGAGGGGGAAUUGAAGGAGGCUGUGGAGGAGAUUGGGAGACUACAAAGUACAACUGUUGACGAGGGAAAGGAAAAGGACGAGGAGCUGAAGAAGGAGAUGGCUGGACUGGAGAUACAGCUCUCUAAAGCCCGAGAAGAAGCCGAAGCGGCCGCCUGGAAUCUGGCUGAGUCCGAGAGACAACUUCAAGACGUUCGGGAAGAAAAUGGGGAACUGAAGCAGAAGCUAGCCAAGACGGCCUUGGAAGAUCACGUCCAGGCUACGGUAGCUGAGACUACGGUGCCUCUUGCGUCAUCACCACGAAGUGAAGAGGUCAGCGAGCUGCGGGCAGAUUGUCUCCAGAUGGAGGCACGGCUCCGGGGAGCGCAUGACAAUAUUCAUGCAUUAAAGAAAGAAAUCCACGGCUGGCAACAACGCGUGGAGAGCCGGGAAAAGUCGCUAGAAGCGUUGCGCGCAGAGCAGGACGUUAUGAAGGAGCAGCAGCAGCACCUCAUCUUUGAGAAUGAGCAGUUGAGGCUCUCCGCGCGUAGCAACGACCCGACGGAGCGCAUCCUGGCGAUGGAGCGCGAGCUCGUGGAGACGAGAGCUUUGCUGCAGCGUCGAAUUGAUGGGCUCAUCGAGGAACUCCGACUGGCCGAGCUCGAGCUUGAAAAGCGCCGUCAAACCGACGCGGUCGCUGAGGGAACUCUGCAGAAGCAUGCGGAAGCGGUAACGGAAUGGCGUGCUCGUUGGGAGACAGCGGUACAGGAGGCUGAAGCUAUGAGAAGAUGUGCUGAUGAGACCCCGAGGCUUCAAUCGGCGCUUCAUCAGAGCCGCUCCGAACACAACGAACUCAACCGCCGCCUGGACGAGGCUGAAGAACGCAUCGCUAGAGCGCAACGCGAAAAAGACGCCCUCAACGCCCAGCUAACCAUCGUCUCCCAGCAACUCGAAGAGCGAACGGAUAGGCUGCGAAGAGCUGGCGACGCCAAGACGCAGAAUAUGUUGCGGCUCGUCGAGCUGGAGUCGCGGCUGAACGCUUGUCGACAAACCAUUGCUGAGCAACGACGGGCACUUGGGCUGGCUGCCGACCAAGCCGAUGCUCCCGGAACUAGUCGGGACACGGAUUCAGAAGUCGAGAGCCGCGAAAGCUUGUUGGAAAAGUUGGUGAUCGCCGAACAGCGGAUACAGGAGCUGGAAUCUCAGCUUUCAUUGCUGACCAACCCGGAAGCUAUCGAUUCUCAAGCGCCAGUCAAUGCCGUGGAAGCGGAAACUGAGGUAGACGAGGUGGAAGAGGCUGAAGAAGCAGCCGUGGCUUUGUUGGAAUCAUCAGCCGCUACGGAAGUGGAUCUAAACCAAGAUGAAGCGGAACUUGAUCAAGAAAAUGCCGCCUCGCCCAGCUUCCAGUCGCCCUGGUGCUUCAACAACCCGGAUUUU